UGUUGUGCAAAAAUCACGUGCUGUUCACGUGAUUACCAUUGCGUACAGGCUUCCAACAGGAAAGGAUUCCUAUUGAUCGAAUACGAAAUUGACGGAUUUAGGUACUGCUAGGCUAUACACUUCUAUCUAGCUAUCCCAAUUUAAACUAAUUGAUAUAGAUCUCUCAGUGAAAACCUUCACGACACGUUAGUAGGGUUAGGGUUCGUCUGAUUCUGAUUAAGGGUAGCCUACUGAUAUUUUCUUUUACUCGAGUGUUUGAAGCCCAAGGCAAUACAAGCUGAAGCCGAGCGUUACCAACGAGCAAUAUAACAAAGACCCCCUCACUCUAACAGUGACCCUGUGUGUUUUGGUGUGAAUAUGAAUCUGACACCUCUCCUCCUCUGUAUUUGCUGCUGUUUUACAACCUCAGCCUAUUUUUUCACAUCUCCACACGUGUGGACCAAGCUGAUACUGACCCACCACUGGCCCAGCACCUUCUGCAGUAUGGAGCAUUGCCAUCCCAAUAUCAGCUACUGGACUUUGCACGGCCUCUGGCCUGAUAAAGGAAUGGACUGUAACAAUUCUUGGCACUUCAAUGAGAGUCUUAUUGAGGACCUACUCCCAGACAUGAUGAAAAGCUGGCCGGACCUGUUGAAACCAUCCACUACUUCAUUUUGGAAGUAUGAGUGGAACAAGCAUGGAACGUGUGCGGCCAGGGCACAGUCCCUGAACAGUCAGCACAAGUACUUCAGCAAAGCUCUGGAGCUCUACCACAAGCUGGGCCUAGAUGGAGUUCUGAGAAAAUUCAAUAUUGUUCCCUCUGAGGAAUACUACUUGUUUGAUGACAUUGAGGGAGCCAUAUUGAAGUUCUACCAAGUGCAACCAAAGAUCCAGUGUGUUCAGCCUGGGAAGGGCAGCCAGACCCAGGUCCUAGGACAGAUUGAGAUCUGCUUUAACCCAGAGUUCCAGCUGGAGAACUGUGAAAAAAUUGAGGUUGACAUGGCAAUUUUGGGUAACAGCCCUAAGGCUGCAGGCUUCAGUGUAUGUGAUCGUACAAUGCCAGUGUACUAUCCACCACUGAAGGGCAGAACUGAUGUCUAACAUGGUAGUCAGAUCAGACAUCUUUGGAAUUAGGUAAAGUGCCUUGUCUAUGCUUGGUGAAAGGGUUUUCCGAGUAACACUGUCAUGACCCAGUAAUCAGCUGAGUCUGAAGAGAACUUUGUACUUUGUACAACCAACUACAGUUUGAUUUAUAUUGACUUACUGCUACAUUAUUCUAAUUACCGGGCAACACUAGUUUAACAGUUUAUGUCAUUAGUUCAGUCAUACAUGAAAAGAUAAUUAUGAUGUGACACAUUUGUUGAUUUUGAUUUCUGUCUGGGGAUUUUGUCUUUAAUAGUACACUUUUAUUUUAAGAUUAUUCAUUUUUAAGAUAUAUUGUGUGUCUAGACACUACUGCUAUUAUAUGAGUUGAUUGGUGUAUUAUGAAUGUUCAAUCAUGUUUAGCCACUAGAAGGAAGCACACCUUUAAGGCAGGGCCUACCACAGGCAGACUCUAUGUUAUACUCGAUCUGUGUGGUUUACUUAAUUGUCCAAUAAUAAAGUUAUUUUUUAAAGACAAAAAAAUAAUUUAUAUGGAUCCCUGUUGAAGAAAUGGUUUUCCAGGAUUAAUGCUCUCAAGUCUGCUUUUUCUUAGUGGGCAGAUGGAAAUGUCAAUACUUAAGGGUCUUUGGAAGAUGCUCUGGAUACUUUACCGUAGUAGCCAAUACCGAUAACUAUGGUACUCCUUUUGAUGUACAUUUUAUUGGGGCAGCUGUGACAUUUGUGAAAGGUGCUGGUAUUCUGGUCUGCAUAUAGGCCUAGGUCAUGGUCAUUUAAUUCUUUUUUACAGAUCAUGAAAGUGCAGACCAUAAACUUUGGAGGGGGCAGUGUAAAAUUAUUUGAAAAAGAUACACAUAUUUGAAUGGUGGUACGCUACCCCUUAUAUAGUGAGAAUUCCUUUGAAAUAUUAACUCCACCCACAACAUAUGGACAUCGGUGUUGCAACUGCGCUAGCUAACAGAUGCUUUAUGAAUGUGGUGAAGUUAGUUUCAUAUUCGACAUUCGUCUCACAUUCGGAAAACGCUACUUUGUAGCAUUGUAUUAGGGACCGGGUGAAACUACUCGUUCAAAGUUAGGAAAAUUGUGUUUCAUAAUAUUUCUAUGUAUGUAAAACCUCAAACUAUCACCAGAUUACUCUAAUAAUGUCAGGCCUACUUCCACACCCUUUACCUUUUAAAGAAAGUUACUAAAAAAUAAAGAAAGAAAUCGCUAAUCUCAGGAAAUAGUAUUUAAUCUAUGAUCGUGAA